UCUGUAUUCACUCUGCAACAUUUGUAAGAUCUUAUAGAAAUAACAGAAUGACUUCGAUAACCUCGUCUGAAAGUGUACUCGAUUAUUUAAACAAAAAUAUAUUCCCGAUUUUGUUAAAUGCAAUGGAAGAAAUGUUAUUCGAAGCUGAUCGCCGAAAUGCUUUAGAAACACAGAAAUGCUCCUUCAAUGGAUUGGAUUAUCUCGCGGAAAUCUUAUGGAAUCGAAAUUCACGUCACCCGAGUAGAUUGUGUACUUGGCAAAAUGUGUUUGACAUACCGCAAUUUAAGCUAUGGUUAAAGUCCUAGUAAG